AUGGCUCCUAGCCAACAGCAUCUUCCCGAAGUUAUAGAAAAAUUACCUCCUAUGCCAAAUAAAUCUUACAAACCAGAUGCCCUUAUAAUAAUGUUCAACAGCGGCAACGAUAAUAACAGUAAUAAUAUCCCUACCAUCGAUAACACCGACCACAACGAAGACAACAGUAACAGAGACGGUAACCGCAGUAUUAAUGAUGGUGACUGGGUUGCCAAGGUUCCACAUCAAAUACUAGAACUUCCCUCGACACCUCCCAUCAAUUUAGAAUCAUUGAUUUUUCAACGUUAUAUAAUCAACGAAAAUGGCUGGUGGCCACUAUUUGGAGGGGACAGAAGGCGAAAACGAAAUCAUAGUGCAUCGUCGUCCUCAUUGUAUCUAUCAAAACAUAGUAGACGUAAUGCAUCCACUUCGCCGUUUGCAAAACGAAGGAAGAUUCAUAAUAGUCCACAUUUUUCUUCACCGUUUUCAAUUAAGAAUUACCUCGCUGUUGAAUGGUCCAAAGAGGAAAACAAGAGUAGGGUUGCUCCUCCACCUAAGACUACUACAUCGGCAUUGCCACAGGAGAACUUUGCGGCUGUAACAAGUAGAGUGCUAUUAGUACGAAGACUGAAGGCCAGACAAGGAUUAUUGAAGGGAGAUGCAGCAUCAAGGUUUAGAAAGAAUUUGUUGUUGAAAGUUGCACACGCAAUAGCUUACGCAAAACUAGCCUCCCAGAGUGAGUCAAUCGACGCAUCCAAUGAUGUAUUUAUUAAAAGGCCAUGGAGGGAUGGUACGACAGAACCUCAAUCAGGCUCAUUAACAGAGCUCGCACAGAGUCGGCAGUUUGGUGGACAAGAAAGUGGAUGGGGUCAAGAUAAAUUGGUGGCAGCGCGUGAAGCCCUAUCCCAUGCUAUGUUACAAGAUUUCUAUUACAUUGUAAAAGACGAGAACCCCUUGAUGGCUCUGGAGUAUCUAUGGGGAGCAGAUGCAAUAUAG